AUGGAUAUCUCGUAUCAGCUAUGGUCGCUGGUAGAGCAGGCGCGGCGAUCAUCGGCGACGCCGCCAGCGCGCAUCACCCUCCCUGCUCGUCGAGCGCGAACAGCGGACGAGGCUCAGGCGACCGAGUCUUUGCUGACCACCUCCCACGCGCUUGACCAUGCCGCUGACGUGGCGAUCGGUCGCGCUACGGCGCACAUUUCAGCUGUGAUGGCCGCUCUUGACGCGGUGACACCAAACUCCUUGGCGCACCUGCAGAACAACCUUCUGCUCUCGGACGCGGAGCUGCUUUCCGUAAGCAGUUCGCUAAAGGCAUUCAUGGAGACCCUCACCAAGGUCACCUCACUGAACGAUGCACGACGUUGGCGCGGUCGCUUCAACGGCACACCUUCCUCCGCCCCAGGCACGCAUGACGCCUUGGAGAGUCUCGCUGUGGACAAACCGGAGGCGCCAGAUGGAAAGGCUCGAAGUGGCGUUGUCGCACAUCUUCGACAGGCGGUCUCAACUCUGCAGCAGCGGAUCGCCUCAAAACGCCUACAAGUCGCCCUUUCCAAGGAGGAGUUGGCCUUAUACAAGACGGAACUCUUUCUCUACGGCCACUGCGGCGUGCUCGCCUGCUCCGACGAGGUCGCGGCUGAGCUCGGCCGCUGCACAGAGGUGACGCGCAAAGAGGCAACUUCGCGGGGACAGCAUGGCGCAAAGGCAGUUGACUUCACGGAGGUAACGGCACUUGCUGAUGCCAACGGCGGGCAGCAGCGGCGUCAUUAUACAUCGUCAAAGCCACCCGCUGCGAUGCCGGGCUUUGGCACGACGUUUCGUGUAGUCGACGGCAUGGUGCAGCGAGCCGCCGAAACCGUCAAAGCAGCCGGCAGUCACGCAGACUCGGCACUGCAGGUCGCACUGACCGGCGGUCACGCUGCGGCGCGGCAGCUACUGCACGCCGGCACUGCUUCUGUCGCGGAGAUCCUUAUGCUCGGCGCGGGCGCGGGCCGCGGCAGCUGCGGCAACCUCUCGAUCCCAGCUGCUGAGACACUUGCGACGACUGCAGGAGGUGGUGCGCUCCGGCUUCCGACUCUUCAGCCAUACCAGCUCACGAACGAGGAGGAAGCGCAUCUGCAAGAGCAGAAUCGGGCGCUUCUUCAGGCUCAGCGUCAGGCAUCCGCACAGGAUGCCAAGGCAGUCGAGGCUCUGGUUAGAGAACUAUCGCAGCUGACUUCGCUUAUGAACGAACAGGUGGUGCAGCAAACGGAGCAGUUUUCGCUGAUCGUCAAAAACACGGAAGUGGCGCACACCAAUGUCAAAAAGGCGAUGAGCGAGGUAGAGAAGCCCCUGUGCGCCUUUUGGAAUCCGACGCGGCAGCUCGUGGCGCUCCUCUGGGUAUGCAUGGCUCUUCUCGUCACCGUGAACUGGGCCUCACGGUGA